UAAGCAUAAUGAGUUUGACGUUCUAGUUUUAAAAAUGUUUAAGUAUAUUUUUUUUUACAUCGUCUUAGUAAAUUUUCAAUUUAUAAAAACAGAAAAUGUAGUGAACCAGAAAAAUUUUAAUAUUAGUGAACAUGAAAAUUAUUCCGACAAUGAAAAACAAAGUGUUACUGAAUAUUUCAACAAUUAUUGGUUGAAACAAUUACCAGCAUUUGACCUAACUAUAUCUGAUACGAUUACACCAAAAUGUCGUUUGCAUAGCGAAGAAUAUCAACAAGAACUACAAAACUUAACAUUGUGGGCACUUAAAAUGUAUGAUGCGUCAGCCAAAAUACCAUUAGGUAUAUUAAGUGGAAAUUUAAACCAAUAUGGUAAUUUUGAUGAAUGUCUUAAUACGCAUUCUGACAAUGGUGAAAUUUCUGGACAAUAUUGUAUGGCUGAUAUAGAAAUUAUGGAACCAAAUUCAAAGUACUUACGUGAAUUGCAUAGUCUCAUAUAUGCACAUUUUCCCAUGCGUAGUGGUAUUAAUGAUCCUGGGCAUACUGCUCCACGUUGGUCUUCAAUUUUUUGGGCAGUAUGUGUACCGGCUUCUUGCUCACAUGAAGAUGUAGAAAUUGGGAUCAAAAAUACACUAAAAUCUUUUCAAGAAAAAAGUGGAAUAUCUUUAAAAAUAAGAGUAUUUAACGAAUCAUGCCAAACAGCGGAAAAUGAAAUUUCAUGGGCAACGAUUUUAAUCGGUUUCCUUUUAACAAUUUUUAUUGGUUUUGUAUUUAUUAUUACCUUAAUCGAUUAUUUCUUACAAUAUCCACUGGAUAAUAUUCACGGAAUGCAUGGAAUAUUGCUUGCAUUCUCGUUACGUCGAACCUUGCGAAAUGUAUUUUCAUUAGAUCGACCGAAAGACGAUAUUGAAUGUGUUCAUGGUGUACGAUUUUUCAAUAUGAUUCUUAUCUAUCUUAUUCAUAAAUCACUGGGUGUUUUAUUUGCUGGAUUCGUAAAUAGAACAGAUUUAACAGAGGCGAUGUCAAGUAGUGUGUCGAUUCCUGGUCGAGCUGUAUAUUUGCUCACUGACACAUUUUUAAUGCUUAGUGGAAUGUUGUCUGCUUAUUCAUAUUUUGGACGAAAAAAUCGUGGAACACAAAUACAUUUAAAGGAUGAAUACAUAUCCCGAUUGAUUAGAAUUAUACCACCUAUGAUGGCUAUGGUCUUAUUUGUCGGAUUUUUUCAACCCCAUAUAGGAUCUGGGCCAAAAUGGAAGUCAAUUGUUACACAUAGUGCAAAACUUUGCCAAAAUUAUUGGUGGCGUAAUUUGUUAUUUAUUCAAAACUAUUUUGGAGAAGAAGUAAUGUGUCUUCCUCAUUCACAUCAUAUUGGAAGUGAAAUGCAACUAUUUCUAGUAUCUCCAUUAUUCUUUUGGACGUUAUGGAAAUGGAAGAAACUUGGAAUUAUGAUGCUACUAGCGGCAGCUAUAUGGUCGACAGUUUUACGUUUUAAUGUGAUGUACUAUAAUGAUUACUCAGUUAGUUUCCAUUUUGGCGCAAGCAUUAAACAAUUGUAUGCAGGAAUCAAUAAUAUGUACAUUAUACCAACGCAUCGUGCAACUAGUUACCUUAUUGGUGCCUUAUUAGGCUACUAUUUACGUAAUAUCCCAAAAAUGACCAUAAAACCAGCAGUAUUAAAUACUGGUCAGACUGCGGCUAUUAUAUUACUUUGUUUGUCAAUGUAUGAGCCAACAUUAAUGAGUCAAAAAUCAUAUAAACAUAAUUCAAUUGAUGAAGCAUGGUUUGCUGCUUUUGGAUCAAUCACAUGGUGCUUAUUCUGGGCAUGGAUUAUUUUUAGUGAUUAUUCUGGUAAUCGAAAUAUGUUUACAAAAUUUUUGUCAUGGCCUGGAUUUUUAAUAACAACACGAAUAUCUUAUGCAGUUUAUUUAACACAGCUUCCAAUUAUCUUGCAAAAUGCAGCUUCAACUCGAGCUUCCGAGCAUUUUCAAUUCAGUACAGUAAUGUAUAAUUUUCAUGAAUUUGGGUGUAUCAUUAUUGCAUCGCUAGUUUUAACAUUGUUAUUCGAAACUCCAUUUGAAACAAUAAAGAAAAUAUGUUUAAAAAGAUAUGAAAACAAACUUAAUAAUUAAGAAAGUUAAUUAUGAAAGUACUUAUAAAAACACUUGAUGAUGCUCAAGACAAUUUGGGAGAGAGACAUCAUCAGAUUAAUUGGUUAUGAAAAAUGGGUCACUUCAAUUUGAUACAUCAAUAG